AUGAACAAUGUAACACAAUUCAUCCUGCUGGGCCUCACUCAGAAUCCAAAACUGCAGAAAUUCUUGUUUCUUACGUUUUUAGUCACCUACUUGAUCACAUUGGCAGGUAACCUGCUCAUCUCAGUGAUCAUCCUUAUCAGCCCAGCCCUGGGUUCUCCCAUGUACUUUUUCCUGUCCUAUUUAUCCAUUAUAGAUAGUCUCUGCUCUUCUUCCAUAGCCCCCAAAAUGAUCUUUGACUUGAUCUCUGAAAAGAACACCAUAUCCUUCAAUGGCUGCAUGACUCAGCUCUUCACAGAACAUUUCUUUGGGGCAGCUGAGAUCAUCUUAUUAAGUGUCAUGGCCUAUGACAGAUACGUGGCCAUCUGUAAGCCCUUGCAGUAUGCAACCAUCAUGAGCCGACCUAUGUGUGGAUUCUUGUUGGGGGUGGCUGGGAUUCUGGGAUUUGUGCAUGGAGGCAUCCAGGUUUUGUUCAUAGCCCAGUUACCAUUCUGUGGCCCUAAUGUCAUUGAUCACUUCAUGUGUGAUUUAGUACCUCUUCUGGAGCUGGCCUGCACGGACACUCACACCUUGGGGCCUCUGAUUGCUGCCAACAGUGGGUCACUGUGUUUCCUGAUUUUUUCCAUGCUGGUUGCUUCCUAUGUCAUCAUCCUGUGCUCCCUGAGGACUCACAGCUCUGACGGACGUCGCAAAGCUCUGUCAACAUGUGCCUCUCGUAUCAUCGUUGUCAUCCUAUUCUUUGUCCCUUGUUCAUACCUGUAUCUAAGACCUCUAAGCUCCUUCCCCACUGACAAAGCUGUGACUGUGUCCCAGCUAUUUACACCUAUGUUGAAACUUUACACACUCAGAAAUGAAGAAGUGAAAAACGUCAUUAAGCAACUCUGGAAGCAAAUAAUGAAAACUGGUGAUAAAUAA